UGGAAACAGGCGGGACAGAAUCAUGACAGUAUAAUCGUAGCAGGGCUGUAUGAGCACAGCAAUACAGGGACAGAUGUGGAAACCACUGCACAGCAGAUCUCUUACCAGCAGCCGUGUCUGCAGGACGUCCAUGCUGCGCUGAAAGAGCUGACCGCCUCGUUGGCUGAACAGAAGGUGGAGAUGAGGCUGUUACAGAGAGAGAAUGAAGCACAAGUAGCAAAGCUGCAAGAGGUGAGGGCUGAGUUGGAGAAGCAGAAAACUGAGAUGCAGAGUCAGAAGUUUGAGCUCGAUGGGCAGAAAACGGAGACUGACAAGCUGAAGCAACAGCUGCAUGCCGGGCAGGUGGCUUUCUCAGCCUCGCUGUUGUCCGACGGCGAGGCAACUAUCGGACCCUUCAACGGACACACUGCUCUGGUCUUUAAAAAUGUCGUCACAAACAUCGGAAGUGCCUACGACCCAAACACAGGUGUUUUCACUGCAGCGGUGAGAGGAGUCUAUCACUUCGAGUGGCACAUCGGUGUUGAUUCAAGUAACACAGCUGCUGUGUUGGUCAAGAACACAAACCACAUUUUUACUGCAUAUGAGCAUCAGACAGCUGGUUAUGGGGCUUCUUCUCAAAGUGCGUCACUGCUUCUAGAGGCCGGAGACACUGUGUGUGUGCAUCAGUGGACUGGAACAAAGAUACAUGAUAAUCAGAACCACCAUAGCACCUUCAGUGGUCAUCUGCUUUUCACCCUGUGAGAGGGGAAAGAUGUUAAACUGAGUGGUUUUGACAAACUGUAGCAACCUAUCAGGAAGAUUAAAUGUUCUGGAAGACAAAGCAGUGCAACAACAUAUACUUAGUGUUUAGACAAUUUGUAUCUGUAUCCAGAUCUGCAAUAAAACACACAUAAUGAUGUGCA